AUGGCAAUGCAAUUCAUUGGGAGCCUCUCAGAUGCCCCAGGCUCUUCCGCCUUACUCAAAGCAAGGGCCAUCGGAGAGCUUGCAACCGCGGAUCCUUCCAAUCUCGAAAUCAUCCAGGCUUGUCUGUUGCUAGCGAUUGCCUUCCACGGCCAGAACGAGCUUCAGGAAAGCGCGCAGUAUCUCAAAAAGGCAAUCGACGGUGCACUGGGCGGAGCUUUGUAUAUGACCGACAGUGACGAUCUAAAGCCCGCCGACGCCAUCAUAGCAGAAAGUGCAAGGCGGACAUGGUGGGAGCUUUGGGUGAUCGAAGCCUUCAUGAUCAUGCUACACCAUUCUAGCAUGUUCCGAUGUGGUAACAUAGUGUCAACACCCUGCCUCCCCUGCGAGGAUUCUUUGUAUAGUAAGGGAGUGACGCUGCACAACAACCCAUUGCCAGCACAAUACUCAGCAAGGGUAUUCUUCGAACCGGAGCCCGACUUUAGCUCGUACGCGCACCGCAUUGAGGCAGUGCGGGCAAUUUCGCGAUCCUUCAACACCAAAGCCGAUGAUGUUGUCUCACCAAGCAGUAUGAAAGCUAUGGACAAUGCAAUAUCCAGUUGGCUCCAUCAUCUACCACAAGAAAAAUCAAGUGCGGUCAGGCAGGACGGGCACGUUGACGAGCUAAUGUUACAAGCGCAGCUUUUCGUCCACCUAGCGGCUAUACUGACACACCUCCCUCGCAGCGGCUUACCGCUCACGAUCCAAGCCUCAUGCGUCUCGAACAUGACAAGCAUAUCCCCUGCUUCGCAACAAUCUGCACUGAAAGCACAGGCGUCGGCAAAUGAGAUUAUUUCAUUAGCAGCUUUGCCUACAAAUACACACUCUCCGCUGACCGUCUGCUGUCUUGUCUUUGCUUGCGCGGCCCAGCUCUCCGCUGCGGCGGCGGCUCCGCAGGGCUCACUUAUUGAAUAUCAGGAUUCGGUCACCAUGGCUAUGGGUGUGAUCAAGUCUAUUGGUAGGACCUGGGAGCUGGGACUCUGCGCGCUACGACGCCUCCGUCCAGUGGCGGCUCAGGUCUUUCACGUCACUGAAACAGCCGCAAUUGGCGAUCAGAACACGAUCACUACAGGCGACACUCCACAACAGUAUAGCGGUACUGAUCCUGCUAUACCUAUAGACUUGAGUGACUUCGAUUGGUCGAAAUUCCUCGAAGAUCUCCAAGACCAAUUUUUGGAUACGAUAUCCGGGUAG